CUUUCUAGGUGUGCGAAAACUUUUAGCUUUUUGUUCACCUAGUAUGUACUUUAUUACCUUUUUUAUCCACGACUUUGACUUUAGAAGAGGACGCUCUUCAAUACUUCGAUUCGAUAUUUGCAACGUUGGGAACGACGUCGUGUUUUAAGUACGCUCUUUCAUCUAAAUUUUCUCCAUAUCGCACACAAAAAAUCAAAAUGCGAGCGGUCACUCACGCUUUUCUGACCGCCGCGGUCUAUCUUUUCACCGCAACCUGCAUCCUCCAUUUCGCAGGGGCAGCUACACCACAACCAGGCUCUCCUGGGGUAACAAGCCAGCAUGAUGAAGCGCCUGCGCCAGCACCUGAUUUUUUUGUUGCACAGACACUGGAAGAUGUCCGGCGUCUGCGUCUUUCAGCCCAGAACCAGAGCUUUCUUGCCUCGGAUCGUGCCCGGAAAUCUGUGCUCGAUGUGUACCAGGAGAAAAUUUUGAGCCGCAGCGUUGUGGAGCUACGCAUGACGAAGACACUACACGACACGCUGUACGGUAUGGAAGCAGACUUGCGCGCGUUUCGGACCCUGAUGCGCGAGCCGGCGACAGGUGGAGGUGGGCCCUGUAGUGUUCAGCAACACUCUCCUGGUGCGGCAGCCCACGGUUUUGGUGCAGCAUUUCUGCGUCCCAACUGCACGAAUGGUCCUGGUUGCCGUCGGAGCAUCGACGGAAUAUCAGAUGUGGGGGAGCUUUGCCCGAGUAGAAAAGCGGUUUUUGACAAAAGGUAUCGCGAACUCAAAGCGAAGUACUGCAAAGUGUUCUACGGCGCAAAUUACAUGGUACGCGGGACGAGUAGUUCGUCAAACAGCAUGCCGCUCGACAAGAAUAUCCAUCAAUGUCCGAAGACGCCAAAUGUUUCUGCGAAAGAUGAUGAACAGCACCUCCGACAAGCAGCACCGACGAGUCCGCGACAAAAUAAUUCCUCGUCCCCCCGAAUUUUUCAGUUUUUUGCGGACAGCUGGACCAGUUGCGGGCUGUUCCGGGAGCUUGUGUAUACGAAACUGGGCUUGUUUCUUACGCCUAACGCGGGCCACGCCCAAAUGACGCAGUUUGCGCGCGACCAGGCGCGAGCGUGCCACCGGGUGGCACCGCCGGUGGCGGAAGGGGAGUUGUGGCGGGAGGAGGACGUCGAGGGGGGUGUUGCUAGUAAAGAUUCUGAUGUUCGCUCCGG